CAUUUGGGAAAGCUCUUCCAUGUCACUUCCUUCAGGCUGCAUCCUGUGCAGAGGAUUACGUUCAUGACUGAAGUAGAGGCGGUGUUUAGGGUCAAAGUUUGUUUACCCUAAAUUGUUGCUCCCAAAAACUGCGUCAGCCGUUAGCAACAGUUUCAGCAACCGAACAGUGUUCAACUCAUGUGAUCCCCAAGAAAAAUGUCCCGUUUUCUGAGGCAUUUCACAGCGGUGGGUGAUGAGCAGAACCCCGACACACAGAGGCACGACGAGGAGCCCCAGGAUCCCAGUGAAGACCUGGAGCUGGCCACAGGACAGCAGCUGGGACAGCUCAGCUUCAGGGACUCCCUACGCCACCUCUACAGUACAGAGAGGUUCCAGAUUGUUGUUGUUUGCUUGGUCGUCUUGGAUGCCAUUUUUGUUCUGUGCGAGUUGCUUAUUGACUUGUCUAUCGUUCAAGCAGAUCAUCACAGAAUUGCUCCGCAUGUAUUCCACUAUCUCAGUCUCGCCCUUCUCACAUUCUUCAUGGUGGAACUGUCUGGAAAAAUCUUUGCCUAUCGUUUAGAAUUCCUCCACCAUAAGUUUGAGGUGUUUGAUGGGAUUGUGGUGGUGGUAUCCUUCAUCCUGGAUAUUGUAUAUAUCUCAAAGGAAGAUGCAUUUGAUGCCAUGGGGCUUCUGAUCUUGCUCAGGUUGUGGAGAGUGGCUAGGAUCAUAAAUGGUAUCAUUUUGUCUGUGAAAAAUCGGGCCCAUCACAAAGUUCAGAAAAUAAAGGAGAUCAAUGAAAACCUUGUUCAUCAAGUCAAUGAACUUCAAGAGCGGAACACAAAAAUGGAUCAAGAAAAUACAAGGCUUCGUGGGAUCUUAAAACAGCACUGCAUUGAAUUUUGAUGCUCCAAGGCAUAAAAAGAGAAAUCUAUAAACUACACAAGUUAUAUAUACUGGAAUAUUAAACUUGCCUCAAUAGAUUGUAAAAUGACUGAUUUUUAUUCUGAAUCUCUUUUUUCCAAAAUCGUUAUCAGUAUUGUUGUUUUAUCUAUGAAGUGUACAUUUAAUGUUUACUCAUUAUAAAUGUGAAUGUGUUUGAGCAACUGAAAGCCAAGAAAUAAAUAUUUUGUAAAUGAGAUGAAAUAUUAAUAGAUUUUACAAUGGAUUGCACAAAAUUUCUGUUCUUAAAUGUUUUAGUGAGUUUUGAGUAAAUAUUAUAACAAAUGA